AUGAACGCAAGUUCCGGCGGAUCCUGGAUCAACGCCAUCUACGAUGAGGUGGCUCUGGAGGGCUUGGAGGGGGUGACAUUGCCCUAUCUCUGGGAACUGCUGGCCAGGCGCCUGGAGUUUGCUCCUUGUCCUUUGCCCGAUCGAAUUCGGGAGCAGGCGUGGACCCUGCUGCUCCGGACUCCCGCGCACAAGAUCGAGUUCUUUGAAUUGCCGGCGGAGCGACCACUGAUGCCCCACUAUGAUCGUCGCAACGACAUGGACGAGCAGCUGGGAUUGCCGGUGGUGCCGGAGCAGUGUCCCUACAUGCUGUAUCCACCCGCUUACGUGCAAGAGGGUCACAUCAAGGGCAACUGCAACGACUUCAAGACCCGCAAGUUGAUUCCUUCCAGCGAUCUGCAGGCUCUCAGUGUCGAGGAAGCCAGCGAAAAGUGGGCUGGCCGGCUGGUAGUGGUGGCCUCGCAGGAACUUCGAGAGACCGCACUCACCCCGGAUAACCUGAUGAUGCCCAAGAACCUGCCGCUGCCCAACUACAUCUUCCUGGAGGCCAUCGGAAGGUCGCGCUACAAUGGACACACCACAACAGGACCUUGGUCGCUGAUUAAUUACAGCAAGGACACGGGAAUUCUCUUCUACAUCAAAAAUAAGCUGAUUAACCUGCAGCUAAUCGUCUCGCAGAACUACAGCGAAAUCAACAAGGGUCGCUUUUUGGCCUCUUCGCUGCUGAUGCUGCCGCGCUUCUAUCGGAUCUACAAGAAUCACUCGCAGGAGAACCUCGAGAAGCUAUAUAUGGCUAUAAUACGGACCACUAACCGCCAAGUGCCGGUGACCGAAAUAACCGAGCUGCUGGGCCGACCCACCAAUUUCAAGACCAAGAAACUGCUCGUCACCCACGCCUUUCGCAAGUUCUUCGAGACCACGCAGGUGGAAAGGCAGUUCCCAUCGCUUACCAAGUCGGGAAAGCAGUCCAAAUCAACCACACGAAAGGUUACCGUGAUACAGCUGCGAAAUCCUGAGAUGCAAUUGAAGGACCUCUAUAAAAACGAGGACGGCGAGGAGAGUCCUGUGUCUGAAUUCUUGGAUUUAGGACACUGCUACCUGGAUAUGCCGCCGGAGGAGGAGGUUUACCGCGCCGUCUCGCGAUUCGGCAAGCGUGGCCUCAACAGCAACGAAUUGUGCCACUACACGGGCAUCAAUGCCACCUCAAUGCGGCAUUUUGUCAAGAAAGCAAAGAAGAAUGGCCUGAUCCAGGAGUACUCGGAACAGGUGGGCAAGAGCCGGCAAUUCCGCUUCGUGGCCGUCGAGCAUUUGGGAGACCUGGCGAAGGAAGAGGAGGUCAAGAAGAAGGAGCUGGAGAUCAAGUGCAAGGAGGAGCCAAACAUCACCGAAAGCACUGAGGUUUUGCUGAAGGAUAUGCCUGAAAUCGUGGUAAAUGCUCGACCCGUGGCGUUCAAAAUCAAGAAGACCCGACUGGGCAACCAAACACAGCGUCUGAUUAACCGCCAGAAAAUGAUUGUACGCCAGAUCGACCAGAACUGCCUGGUGCCGCUGCCCCGGAUACUGAGAACCAUUCAGGAAACGGAACACCAGGCUGGUUUUAAGGACGUUCUCUGCCGGCGCUCCUUGAUGCGCCUGCUCCUUCCCAUGGUGGAGAAUCGUAUUAUAAAUGUGUACGAGACCACGCUCCACUACAAUCAGCGAGUAAGAGUCUAUCGCUUUGCUGCCCAUCCGAAAAUCGGUCUGGAUCACGCGGUCAUGAAGCGCGAGAUCGUCAAGCUGAAGAGCAACUUCCACUUGAUCACCGAGGAGCGGAUAAGCCGGCCAUCCCAGCUGCCGCCCAAGGAGCGCAAGGAGAUGAUGGCCCGCCGCAAACUGGUGCCCGAGCGACCCAGUGUGGUGUUCAAAACACAGGCACCCAAACUUCUCUUGGCCAGAACGUUGCACGAGUUCCUCUUCUACCUUCACCACGAGUUGCCCCUCAAUCAGAAGCCUCUUUCGAUGACCCCUGAGCUCGUGCAGCAGUGGCAAAAGUCGGAGCCGGCGCUGCAACCACGUCAGUUCUUUGACGAGUGGCAGGCCGAGGAGAUAAAGGUCCAACCCUUCACCGAGGACAUAGGCUGGCGCACCUUUAUACCACCGCUGCCUCGCUACGAGGACAAGCCACCUGGUUGGCUCUACUUCAUGGACGCCAUGGACCGAAUGCCGCUCUCUUUAUUUCUGCGCAUCUGUCGCAUAGAACGCGAAUCCAACGACGAGCUGCGUCUGCAGCUUCAGCAUCCCAUUCGCCAGCACUACCUGCUUUCCCAGCUCAACUUUGAGUCCAUUGUGCCGAGGUUAAAGUUGCAGAAGCUGUACGUGGGCACUUUGCGCUUGCUGAACAACAUGGGUUUAAUUCAGGUCAGCGAGCAGAAGCUGGGUCGCGACUCCCUGCACCGCUGGGUGUACAUGAACCAACGCACCAGGCUGCUGGACACCACAUCGAGCACCGAGCACAAUUACAUGCAAGUCAGCGCCGAUCGCACGUACAUACAGCUCAACUUUGAGUUCUCCAGCGUGGAGCAGCUCGCCAACUAUUGGGCCAAGCUGCAGCACAUCUGCAUCUACACAAAGCUGGGUUACCGGAAGUCUUUGAGCACUCAGCGGAAGCUUCCGGCGCGCCUAAAGGUGCUAGUCUUCCAGCCCACCGUUGACUUCCAGCAGGCUGUGGAGCUGGACACUGGAGCGGUUCCUGGCGAUCAUCUGGGCGCCGCUGGACUGGGCUCCAAUCUAUUUGCCCACCAGUUCCGCCACUGGUCGUGGGUGCAGCGCCAGAAUGGUGGAAAAUCGAUGGCAGCGAGGGAAAGGACUAAGAAGCCAGUGCGAAAACGGGCGGUAAUUACGCGAUUGAAAAUUGGACCCCGUGUGGGAGUACGGAAAUCGCGUGAGGCUUCCACCGGGAAGACUGUGAAGAAGUCCGGUCCGCGCGACGACAUCGAUCGAGAUGCCCUGCGAAAUAUGCGCACAUUGCGCGUCAAAUGGGCUCCCGAGGAGGAUCGCCUGCUCAAGAUGGGCCGUGCCGUCUACAUGUUCAUCGAUGCACCCACUGUUACCCUCGCCCUCUGCGACUUGGCCGUCGUCUGUCGCGAUCUGAUUCGCCGCUGGCUGGGCAUCUGCAACAAGACCACCCAGGCGUGCGUGCGACGCGUUCAGUUCAUGGUGAAGAUGAAGCGCGACAUUCCGGACGUGCCCAGUUGGAUCUACGCGAUGCAGACGCAGCCACAGUUCACCACGGUUUAUAACGAUCGUUUCCUCAGCCAGCUAAAGCGGGAUUAUCCCAGCAAGACAGAAUUCCAGGCCGCGCUGAUGACUCACUUUGCCCUGAUGAUGGCUAAAUUACAACGGAUGAUCGCCAAGUCGCAAGGUUCUGUUAGCAGACAGUUUUUACUACCCGACUCCCUGGACUCCUUUGCCAACCAACUGUGUCGCUCGGCACACGAGCAGCAGCAGCUGCUCUUCCAGGACCCAGCCACCGAAUCGGAUCUCCAGGUGGCCGUGGCCCACGGCGUGCUGCACAGCAACAUCUGCUGUGCCAAGGACAAGACGCUGCUGAACCUGCAAACGUUCGAGAUCUACAAGCAUUUUUCCGAGGAGACGCUAAACGCGGCGUUUAACAAGGCUCGAGCGGAUUCGCUGGUGGUGGCGGUGAAGCGUCGCAACAUCCAGUCGGCGGCCAGUCGUCAGAUCACCGGACCCGGCCACUUGCUCAGCUCCAAAUACAAGUACCGGCUGACCUACACCAAGCUGACGCACUUCCUCUACGACGGCUACUUUGCGCUGGAUCAGAAGUUGCGCAAGGAACAGGAACAUCACUUGACCUCGCCGCAUUUCGCACAACUUCUGGUGAUGGGCGAGUGGCUGGCGGAGAAUAGGUUGAGCAUUUCACUGCAGCUUCCUGCAAAUAUCCUCACCGUGGAUACCUCUACUAUGAGCCGCCAGAGUGGCUGUCACUCGGAUCGCAUUCUCGAUCACUACAGCUGCAUCUUUGACAACGCUCCGCAGACCGAGUACUCCAAGCGGCUGGAGGGCGAGUGCAGUGCUCGCCAGGCGUCGCGCGUUCGCUUCCAUCCCGCUAAUCUCAGCUUCCGACUGCCCAGCAGUGCCUACAAUCAGCUCUCCAAACUGCAGUUGCGCAGCAUGCACUUCUUCUGUUCGCUGGAUGCCUUGGGCGAUUCGAUCACCAUAAGUCAGGCGCGUUUGGAGCAGGGCGACUGUCCCUUUGCCAACUGCAUCAUGCGUAGCGGCAACUAUCUGAACGCUGUGGAGCGUAUAGCCCACGAGCAGCGUCCCAUUCUCCGCCAAUUGGUUGCGGAUGCCCUGCCCUCGCAGCAAUUUCAGCUGGAAUCGCAUCCAGCGAACACGCCCUUCACGGUGACCACCUCGAAUCUGCUUCCGUUUGCCCAGCAACUGGAGGCCUAUUGGCGUCGCAAUCAGCAGGCCAUGGAUCUCAAGGAUUUGGGCAGGCAGCUGGCAGAGCGAACGCUGCACAAGCUCACCGAUUGGCGUUCGAUUUGCGCCGAGCUGCUCGACGACGAGCCGCAUGCCUGGGAGGCGGAUCGUGUCCAGGAGUACGAACCGGCGCUGAACAAGGAGGAGCGAGCCAGGGCGCAGGAUGUGUUCGUGGUGCAUUUGCCCACCAUUGGCAUGAAGGUCGUGGAGCAGCCAGAAGGCAAACAGGCCAUCGACAGCCUGCGCACGAAGGUUCUGGACAAGGUGUUAAAGACAACCUACUGGCAGUAUACGGAGAACACCUUUGAAACCCUGCGACCAAAACUCCAUGAAAGGGGCUUUGAUGCCCGGGCCAUGCGCCACAUGGAGGACAUACUCAAUCACAUUGAGCAGCAUACGCUGGGUAUACAAGGACUAGAGUUGCGUAGGAUCUUUCCCCUGGGCGACUUCCUUCUGGAAACCUUACAUCUCCUCGCUGACCACAAUCUCAUCAAACGUGUGGGCAUAGUUAGCGUGAUGUACGUGCACAAAAACCACAUACGCAACUGGGUGGUGCACACGUUUCACAUUAAGCGAUUGGAGCGUGAGAAGGUGCAGCCCAUGGUGGCGGCGGCGCCGGGAAAUCUUCUCGCCGUCGUUGGUCACAAGCGGAAACUUGAGGCCCAGGAGGCGGGCAACUCCAUGCCCGAGAAGAAGAUCAAACUGAUGGAGCAGCAGCAGCAGCAGAGCACGGGAAGUGAGAGCGACGAGGCGAGUGGUUCUGCUGCCAAGCGUCCCAAAAGGGUUACGAAAAAGGCGGCCGCCACCGAGGUCGCUAGUUCCACGCUGGAGGCCACAAGGGAUGCCAUCGCCAUGCGACCGCAGCCGUGGAUCCGGGUGAAUGCUUCGCUCAACCGACGCGUCCUCGAUCGCUGGAUGGGCGCAGUGCUGAGCGAAUGCAUCUCUCGCAUCGGCUGCACGGUGCACAGCUUGUUCCUGCGCUUCACGCACAUGGUGCCGGUGGAUAUCAUGUUCUUGCUGGAGCUCCUGCACGAUCUCGGUUGCGUGCAACUCAUGGAGAUGCGGCCGCACAAGGUGCACGUGGAAUCCCUGCUGGACGAUGAUGACGAGGACGGUGAUGAGCAGCCCGUUACGGAGCUCUAUGAUCCGUUGCAGACCUACGUUCAAGUGCAUGGCAACGCAAUCGGCCGGCUAACCAACUUUAUUGGCCUCAAAAAAUACAGCACUGAAUUUAUUUAGGGU